AUGAGAUUCCUUUCUGUCUUCUCUGUAUUGUUCCUAGUGAGACUGUCUAGCUGUGAUGAGGUUGUCUUUGACCUCUCUUCUCCUGAUCCUUCAUUGGCCAGAGACUAUGAAAGCACUGUGGAUGGAGUAGUUCACCACUCAUUCUUCCCCAAGGGACAACUAUUCAGCAAGGUAGUAGAUGGUGGAGUCACUCUCUGGGAAGCUGAAGGAGAAGAGAGAUGUGAUGUACUAUUCACAAGUGUUUGUGAUAGAACAAGAGCUGUUCUCCAUGUAUGGGUUAAGGGUCUUCCAUCCAAGACAUUGCAUUAUGAGAAUGUAAGUGGAGAAUGGAAGCUGGUAACUGUAAGAGUUAAAGGUCUUCCGGAGUUAGAGGAGCCAGUCUCUCCAAAGGAACAUACAGCUGAACUUAACUUUGCUAGCCUCGGAUGUCCAUUGCAAGGAUUCUCAGGUUCAGAAGCUCAUGUAGAGAAUCCCAAGCUUGUCGCUGAGGAUGUGGAACCUCAAGAUGAUAAAGAUUUACUAGAGGCUCCUGCAGAAGAACCUGAGAAUCUACCAGAUGCUAUAGUUGAGGAAGCGCCUGAAGUUAAUGUAGAAGAGCUAGGAGAAGUUGAGGCUUUACCAGAGACCAAAGUAGAAGAACCUGAGACUCCCGUAGAAUAUUUUAGUGAAUUACAAUCUGAGGUUUUACCAGAGGUUCCAGUCGAGCCUACUAUAGAACCAGAAGUAUCCAUCCCUGAAGAAUCUAAUAAUGAUGAAGAAGACCCUAGAGUGGCUCCUGCAGAAUCCUCCCCUUCACCAGGAGAUAGUGAGAAAGAAUCUGAAGAUGUCCAGCCUGAAGAGAAUGAGUUGAGGUCCAAUGAGGUAAAGGAGAGUGAAUCUGUGCCAACUCAUACCGAGGAAGUAUCUCCUAAAUCUGAAGAACCCGUAAGUCAUUUCCUGGAUAAGGUACAUGAGUCACUCUUUAACGUCGAGAAUGGAGAAGAGAAUGGUCUUAAUCUCAUAAAGUUGACCGCUAAGGAAGGUGUUAAAGCUGAUAGACUUACCUUUGAUGGUCAGACAGUUUGGGAAGAUAAGAAGAAAUUCUGUUCUUCUGCCGUCUUGUAUCUCGAUGGAGACCAGCCUACUCUUGCAGUACUUGUUACCAGGGAUAAGAAUAAUAAGGUUAAAAAGGUCUGCAAGCACCAUGAUGGUAAUAAAUGGAAGAAUGGUAAUGAGAAUAAACAUAAGAAGAAGCUCAAGGAACUGCGAGAUACUGCUAAACCAAAAGACGCUCCAGAAGCGACCAAAAAGGAGCAGGAAGUUUCACAAGGACAAGCACAGGCUAAUCCUGAUAAACCUGUCGACAAAGAUACCCUGGACAUUUCAAAGAAGGACAACUCAGUUGGUAAAUAUAAUAAAACUGUUGCUGAUGAUAAGAUAAGUUUGCACACGUUUGAUAUUGAUAAGGCCACUGUAACCAAAGUAGUGGACGGUAAAGAUGUCAUCUGGGAAGCUCCUGCAGGCACUGAUCACAAGUGUACAUGGGCAGAGCUUGGCGUUUUUGGAGAUAAAGAAACUUUAGGAUUAGAAAUUAAAAUGGAUAAGGUAAUAGAAAUAAACUUCAGGAAGAUAGAUGGUAAAUGGCAAAGGGUUCAAGUUUCUAAAUAA